CGACUCCUCCCUGGGAAGAGGGAAGAAGGUUUAGAGCUGGGGCAGGCAGAGCAAAUCAGAGAGCCAGGCACUGCAGGAAGCCGUCCAGGGAAGGAGCAGUGAGGGGAAAGCCCAGAACGGCUGAAUGGAGGGUCCCUGGAUGGGAACCUGGAAUAGGGGGCAAGCAUAGGUUCCCCUAGCAGCCACUGAGGGCGUGGUAUAGACCAGUGGGGCAGUGAAGGGGAGGAGUGCCUGGGUCAUUGGGAAGAACAGAGAACGGAAGGACUUUACCCCGUAAGCAUGGAGAAGGCUGCCUGACCUGCCUGGAGGGCUGAGUAACAAAGUGGAUGCUGUGGUUCCUGGGAGAAGAGAACACGUGCAGAGAUGGUCUGACUGCAUGCAAACUGUGGAAGCCGGGAGGGUUGACCUUGAGAACUAAUCCCCAGAGUGACCAAGACGGGGUGCCAGACUUGUGUUCUAUUUAUUCCAACGCCAUUCUGGGCUGUGCUGGCUUUUACACCAUCCUGAUUUACAGGAGAAUAUGCCCAAAGGUGGACAUUCUCUUGGACCUUCCCAGCCCAAUAGAAAACUUCUGUCUCUGCAUCUCCUGUGCAUCGUGUUCUCCCCUGUCCUGCAUAUUGUCCCCUCGGACUCAGUGAAUUUCAAAGUGGUCAGCCCCGCUGAACCCCUCAUGGUGUCUGUGGGUGAAGAUGCCCGGUUGCCCUGCCACCUCAGCCCCAGGAUGAAUGCUGAGGACAUGGAGGUGAGGUGGUUCCGGUCCAGCUUCCCUGAAGUGAUCCAUUUGUAUCAGGAUGGGAAAGACCAGCCUGAGCAGCAGAUCCUGGAAUACCAGGGGCGGACAGAGCUGCUGAGAGACAACAUCACUGAGGGAAGCGUUGUCCUGAGAAUACACAGCAUUAGGCCUGCUGACGAAGGACAGUACAGCUGCUUCUUCCAGUCUAGCACCUUCUAUGGAGCAGCCUUGUUGGAGCUGAAGGUGGCAGGUUUGGGCUCUGGGCCCCACAUCUCUAUUGCUGACUACGAGGCCGGUGGGAUCCGGGUGGUGUGUACAUCGGGUGGGUGGUACCCAGAGCCUGAAGUGCUGUGGAGAGAUUCUAGUGGGCAGCAUGUACCAUCACUGUCCCAAACGAAAUCCCAACAGGAAACUGGCCUGUUUGAAGCUCAGAUUUCUGUUGUUAUAAAAGAGAGGACACAUCCUGGUUUGAAUUGUUACAUCAGGAAUCCCCGCCUCAACCAAGAAAAAGAGUCAACAAUUCACAUAGCAGACCCGUUUUUCCCAAGGACUUCCCUCUGGGCGGUGGCUCUGGCUGUGGUCCUGAGUGUCCUGGGUUUUCUCAUUUUCCCAGCCAUUUACUAUUCUUGGAUGCAGCACAGAGGGAAAGGGAAACUCUUGGCUGAACUUCGGUGGAGAAGAGCCCAAGUAUAUGCAGUGGACGUGACUCUGGAUCCAGCCACAGCUCAGUCCAACCUCAUCCUGUCUGAGGAUCGGAAAAGUGUGAGACAUGGAGACACACGACAGGAUCUUCCCGACAACCCGGAGAGAUUUGAACCUUACGUCAUUGUUCUGGGCAUGGAGGGGUUCACGGGCGGGAGGCAUUACUGGGAGGUGGAGGUGGGAAAGAAGCCUGAGUGGACUCUGGGGGUUUGCAGGGACUCUGUGAGGAGGAAGGGGAGUAUCAGUGUCUCAUCUGAGAGUGGGUACUUUGUGGUGUGUUUGAGAGACGGAGAAAAAUACUGGGCCCGCACUUCCCCCCUAACUCGCCUCCCCGUGAGCGUCAGGCCAAGGCAGGUGGGGGUUUUCCUGGACUAUGAGGCAGGUGAGGUCUCGUUUUACAAUGUGACUGACCAGUCCCAUCUCUUCACUUUCACUGGCACCUUCUCCGGGAUGCUCCGCCCUUACUUCAGUCCUUGUCUCAAUGAAGGGGGUAAAAAUGCGGAUCCCCUGAUAAUCCGCCCGGUCCCGGCUCCGGCCGGAGGGAAUCUCGGGCCCUGUCAGUGACCCCCGCAGCAGAGACUGGCCCCUCCCACCACUGACCAGCCCCCAGGCCAGUUCUCAGGGGGAGCGUGUAAAGGCAUCAGCUGCCUGCCACCUGCUACCUCCUCCCGUCUCAGCUCUCAGCACCAGGCCUGUGAGCUGCAGGGAGAGGAGAGAGGGAGAGAAGGGGUGGGGUGAGGUGGGGUCAGGCUGCUUGGAAGUGGGGAUGCAGGGGCAGAGGGAGGUGCAGGUUCCUGGGCAUGUAAAGUGAAAAUGUGAGUCUCAUGCUGCAGGCAUUUCAGACAAUUAUUUGCACACUGAGUGUGAAUGACAGUCAGAGAAGUGCUCCUGCCUGGCCUGGUCUGAAGGGAGAGAGCCACGAGCAGUUGGGGGAGUCCCACGGCUCUGGGGAGGGCGCUGGCCUGACUCAGCUACGGCACAGAGCCCUGCUGAGACAGACAGUGUCGGGGGAGAGGGGUUGGUUGGCUUAGGGGAUGAAGUUGCUGCCCCUGACUGGACAGUGUUUCUCUGGGGGAGCACUAGGCAACUCAGCCCGUUUCCCUACAGUCUGUCCGCACGUGCUUGAGGCCUAUCGAACUGAAAUCACCCCCCAUUACACACAGUGACCAGAGUGACAGAGACCUUUUUCUGCCCAUGAUAGGACCCCACCCAGCAUUACCUGCAGCGGGGGGGGGGGGGGUUCAGUGGAUUCCCAGGUCCCCUCAAGGCCUUUACCUGCAUUAUCUGACUCCUAAAGAAAAGCCAACUCCAGGAGCUGAGGGAGUGCAACAGGUCCAACGACUGACAGGGAAUGCCCCAGCAUUUACUGUCCUGGGAGGUCUCCUCGCAGGUCUGCUCCACCACGGCCACAAGGCUCCCACUGCCCCACGUCCUUAUUGUCUCUGCCUGGAACCUGGUCCCAGUGUGAUGGAGGGAGGGGAUGGGGAAUGGGGUCAGCUGGGGAAGGAGGAUCGGGCCAGAGUAUGGGGAUUGAGAGCCCAGCCCAAGGGCUGUGUGAGCAAUGGGCCCAGAGCGUGUGAAUGGGACCUGCUCAUGGGAAGGAGCCCAGGAACUUUUCUCCUUCUUCCUCAAUGAGCUUGCGCCAAUCGGCCACACAGCCCCACUGACACACUCUUCUCUUCUGCAUGGAACCUGCUUCAGUGCCUCAACCCUCCCUUCUCCUUCCUGUCCCUCUUCAAAACCCUCUUCCCAGCGAGUCCUGAAACCACCCUCUGUCCCAGCAGGGAACACGGAAACAUAGGUCAGUGCCCUGGGUCUGUGCAGAGUGGGAGCUUCCUGAGCAGGGGCCAUGUCUGGGGGGGGGGGGGGGGGGCUAUAGGGAUUGUGGCCAGGUGCCUUAAUGGUAUACUCAGAGUAGACUGCAAGGAAUAAGGCAGACAAUCCCCCAUAUUGGUGGUUUCUUCUAUAAUUAGGGUUACCAAGUCAGUAACAAAAUUGUCUUUGUAAUACCAGCCUGGUUACCAAGAAGCUAAAUAUGAUCCCAUUUAAGCAUCCCCGCCCUUGACCCCAAUCUAUAGAGACAAUUCUAAUAUAGUGUGAGGUUAUUGAAAACCUGAUUCACCAAAAGUGAGGUUCACCAGUCCCAAAGGACUGGAGAUUGAUCCCCAAGCAAAUAUGCGUCCCAGAUCUUACCCAAUAAUCACGCAGAUGUCAAUGCUUUAGUGACUGAAACAAAAGGUUUUAAUAAUAAAAGGGGAACAGAAGGAAGAAAGUUGCAGUGGUUAAGAGAUCAGGAUACAUACAGAUAUGUGAAAAGCCUUCAGGUCCCAGUUUCAUAGCAGAGAUGGCAAUGCUGCUGAUUUGUAAAAGUCUUUCUGGAAUCAAUUUGAAAGGUUUUAGUCCAACAGUCAGUCCAAGGGUAGAGUUUGUUCAGAUUCUUCUGUGAGAAUUCCAGGGUAAACCCAGAGUAAACCCAGAGACCUCAGUCUUGUGGCUUAGACCUUCCCUGUCAAAGUUUAAGCAGACCUGAGAUAAAAAAGGAUCAAGCUCUGGGAUAUUUUCUUAAUAGUCCUCUAGCAAUUGAUAAACUUCUUGACAGCAAUUAUCACAGCAGCAUCUUCUCCCAAGGAAGAACAGGCAGUGCAGAUUGUUGUUUUGAAGCUAAUCUUCUAUCUCCUAGAUGAACUAGUUGUGUUCAUUUACAUAAGGCAAUAAGCCAGUCAAACUGUCAAGACAGUUCACAGGUAGUUUACUAUGUGGAAUUACAAGUUUCAAGGAGAGGUUAGGAUAAUUAUAUUACUGUACCACAAGUCCCAUCUAAAUAAUAAUACACCCUUUUGACCUCUGAAUCCAUAGAACACAGCAUUAUGAAACAGGAACAGGAUUAGCAUCUACAAGCUAAUUAGAUCACACUGUUAAAAUUCUAACGAGAUACAGGUAAACACAGACAAAUACACUUAGCAUCUACCUGUGAUUUCUAUUACUACAAAUAAAUGUGUUAAUGAUUGCUGGUCUAGGACAUCUCUUUGAAAUUCACGUACAAGUAGAUUGUCUUGGUUACAUUUCAAUACGUCUUGUUAAGUUAUAGGUCAUACCCAAGUUGACCCUUCUGUCACCAUCACAGAAGCACUGUUAAGACAGAUGCUUUCAGAGCCUUUUACAGAACAACAUCAUGUUUGUUUUUUGAGUAUUCUGUUAAUUAGAUUCUUCUUUCUUUCACUGAAAAACGUCUCUGAAGUUAUCUUUAUACUCCAGGUGCUUUGUUGCGAUGUGUCAUUUCAACUUUGCAGGUUUCAUUGCUUCAUAUGAUAGGAUUUGUAAGCAUGUGUUGCAUCUCGGUUGUCAAUCACUGAAUGCCAUAAAACCAAAAUCAAUAGAACUAUUGUCAAACUUUC